AUGUCCGAUCCCAGAUUUUUAGAUAUCCCAGCUGUCAUCUUUGAUAAUGGAUCCGGACUGUGCAAGGCCGGCAUUGCUGGUGAUAGCGCUCCAAGGUCUGUCAUCACAGCCAUCGUGGGCCGUUCAAAAGCCAAAGCCACCAUGCUUGGCGCAGGUCAGAAAGAAUAUUACAUUGGGGAAGAAGCUCAGUCCAAACGUGGCGUUUUAUCCUUGAAUUAUCCCAUCGAUCAUGGCAUUGUGACCUCCUGGGAUGACAUGGAACGGAUCUGGAGGCACGUUUAUGACUGCGAGUUGAGGCUCAAGUCCAGCGAGAGGCCCGUGUUGCUGACCGAAGCCCCUCUGAAUCCCCUCCAGAAUCGGGAGAGGAUGACUCAGAUCAUGUUCGAGAACUUCAAAGUCCCAGCGAUGUACGUAGCCGUCCAAGCCACCUUGGCACUCUAUGCAUCAGCACGUACCACCGGCAUAGUCAUGGACAGUGGCGAUGGGGUCACCCACACAGUUCCCAUCUACGAAGGGUACUGCUUACCCCACGCGGUCUCCAGGUUGGACGUGGCCGGGAGGGACAUCACAGAAUACUUCAUGAGGCUCCUUCUGGAGAGUGGGCAUUCCUUCGUCAGCACGGCCGAAAGAGAAAUUGUGAAGGACAUCAAGGAGAAGCUGUGUUAUGUCGCGUUGGAUCCCGUCCAAGAAAUGAAAACUAAGCUGGAGUACCUUCUCAGAGAGUACAAAUUACCCGACGGCAAUGUCAUCCAAAUUGGGAGCCAACUCUUCCGCGCUCCUGAGGCCCUUUUCGCCCCCACCGACAUCGGCAUUGAUGCGCCGGGCGUCCACCGGAUGGUCUUCAACAGCAUCAUGAAAUGUGACAUCGAUGUCCGGCGAGAUCUUUACGGCAAUAUCCUCCUUUCGGGCGGAUCAACGUUGUUCUGCGGGCUGGAUGAGCGCAUCCUUCAGGAGAUGCAACUUCAGGUUCCUCUGGGGAUAUCAGUGAGGAUCAUUGCUCCUCCGGAAAGGAAGUACUGCGUGUGGAUCGGGGCCUCCAUAUUGACUUGCUUAACAGCGUUCAGGCAGAUGUGGGUCACCUUGAACGACUACCAAGAAUUUGGACCUGGCGUGGUGCACCGGAAAUCUCCCAAGACUCGCAUUUCCAGCUCCCAAGCUGUGAUCAUUGACAAUGGCUCUGGGCUUUGCAAAUCGGGAAUUUCUGGAGAAAUUAACCCACGUCACGUCAUGGCCACCGUCCUUGGUUACCCCAGAAGCAAGUUGCCUCUUUCCAAGGCUAAACAGAAAGAAUGCUACGUGGGAUUUGAAGCCCAGCAUAGACAAGACGUCCUCUCGUUGACCUAUCCCAUCGAAGCGGGCGUCAUCACUUCCUGGGACGAGAUGGAGACCGUCUGGAAGUACAUCUACGACAAAGGGUUGGGGGUGAAGGCCUUCGAGAGACCUCUGCUGAUGUCGGAAUCUCCCCUGAACCCAAAAGAGGACCGAGCCAAGCUCACCCAGCUGAUGUUUGAAUACUUCAAGGUCCCGGCUUUCUAUCUCUCCAUCCAGGCCAUCCUCUCCCUCUACGCUUCUGCACGUUACACGGGGAUUGUCAUUGAUUGUGGGUUCGGUGUCAGCCACGCCGUCCCGGUGUAUGAGGGAUACUGCCUCCCGCACGCCGUCUCCCAGCUGGGCCUGGGGGGCCGAGACAUCACCCAGUUCCUGAGGGAGCUUCUUCUGGAAAGCAGGCAGUACUUCUGGAACUUCCCGGAAGCCAACACCGUUGUGGAGGACAUCAAGGUCAAGCUGUGUUUUGUGGCCUUGGAUGCCCAACACCGAGAGAGCAAGCCCUCCGAAGAGCUCCCCAAAGAAUAUAAGCUUCCUGACGGCAACAGGAUCAAGAUUGGGGACCCCCUUUACCUGGCCCCAGAGAUCCUCUUCACUCCGAGCAACGUCAACCACAAGGGCCAGGGCCUCCACAAACUCAUCACCCACAGCAUCAAGAAAUGCGACCCCACCAUCCGUAACGUGCUGUAUUCCAAUGUGCUGAUCUCGGGAGGGUCCUCUCUUUUCCCAGGUUUGGACGAACGGAUGUUCAAAGGCCUGGAAGCAGAAGCCCCGCAAGGCGUCCCCAUCAAGGUCAUCGCUCCCCCAGACCGGUGGUUCUCGGCAUGGAUCGGGGCGUCGAUCAUCACCUCCUUGAGCACCUUCAAACAGAUGUGGGUGAUGGCUGCCGACUACCGAGAAUAUGGGCCAAAUAUUAAGAGCGAGGAAAAAGAGUCAUUGCAAAUUCCGCUCGUCGGAUUGAAGAUGUCUCAGUUGAAAACCGCGGUCAUUAUUGACAAUGGGUCAGGACUCUGCAAAGCGGGUUUCUCUGGGGAGGAGGCCCCUAGGACCAUGGUGGCAACAGUUGUUGGCUACCCAAAGACUCGGGCGAUCAUGUUUGGCCCUGUUCAGAGAACGUGUUAUGUCGGCAAAGAAGCCCAAGCCAAGAGAGGAAUCUUAUCUUUUAAAUACCCAGUGGAGCAUGGGAUAGUGACUUCUUGGGAUGACAUGGAGAAGAUCUGGAGAUACAUCUACAGGCAUGGACUCAAACUAAGAGCCAAGGAGAGGCCGGUGUUGUUGACCGAAGCACCUAUGAACCCAACGGCAAACCGAGAGAAGAUGACGGAGAUCAUGUUUGAGCAUUUCCAGGUUCCGGCUAUGUUUGUAGGCCUUCAGGCUUUGAUGGCCUUGUACGCCGCUGCCCGCACCACGGGGUUGGUUUUAGAUAGCGGCGCCGGCGUCACGUUGACCGUACCCAUCUACAAAGGCCACUGCUUGCUCCAUGCCAUCUCCAGGAUGAAUUUUGCAGGGCGGGAUAUCACCAGGUAUCUCUCCACCCUCCUGCUGGAGAGCGGGCACAACUUCCUGAGCUCCGCCGAGAAGGAGAUUGUGAAGAACAUCAAGGAGAACCUGUGCUACGUGGCUCUGGAUUCAAGUCGCCCAAAAGACAGAGCGUCCGUCCGCAGAUACAUCCUCCCCGAUGGCACGCCUGUGGAGAUCGGGGACCAGCUCUUCCGUGCUCCUGAAUCCCUCUUCAACCCGACGGAUGCUGGAGUUACGGCGCCGGGUAUUCACCAAAUGAUCGCCGAGAGCAUCUCCAAAUGUGAAGGAAGCAUCCACCAGGACCUCUGGAGAAGCCUUAUCGUAGCGGGAGGAUCCACCCUCUUUCCAGGUCUCAGCGAACGUCUUCUCAAAGAGCUAAGAAGUCUAGGCCCUCACGGCCUGCCGGCCAAGCUGGAAGCCCCAGCAAACCGAAUACAUUCCGUGUGGAUUGGCGCGUCGGUGCUCACCAGCUUGCCUUCGUUUAAGAACAUGUGGGUCACACGGCAAGAAUACAGAGAGGUUGGCUCCACGGUGCUGCAGAAGAAAUGCUUCUGA